AUGGGGAGAAGAAGGCGAAUUGUGAAUGAAAUUCCUAGUGAUUCAGAGUCUGUUGAUGGGUUAUGCGAUUCUAAUGAUGAAGAUGAGGUAUUGGAUCGCAGAGUAGAUCAUGUUGCCCCUUCAAUCAACAAUCUUCUCGAAGAUGAGGCACACGAAGAAGAAAUUGACGACGAAACAACCACUACAGAUUUAAAUAAAAGUGAAAUUUGGAGAUCGACGAGUAUUCCAAAGACUGAUUUACCUUUCAAACCAGCAAAAGGAGAUCCAGGAUACGAUAAAUUGUAUAAACUAAGACCUCUUCUCGACACUCUUUCUGAAACAUUCAGAGAAUGCUGGAAAUCAAGCCAUCACCAAGCUAUUGAUGAAUCAAUGAUCAAGUUCAAGGGGAGGAGUAGCAUGAAACAAUAUAUGCCAGCCAAGCCAACUAAACGUGGUUACAAAGUUUGGACCCGAGCAGAUGAAUCGGAAUUUGUUUGUCAAUUUCAGAUCUACACAGGCAAAACAGAUAGUCCUGAAAAACAAUUAGGAGCACGUGUGGUUUGUGAUCUUACACGUGACCUUGUUGGUCAUAAUCACCAGGUGUAUUUUGAUAAUUUUUUCACAGGAGUAGAGCUUCUAAUAUCUCUAAAACAGGAUAAUAUCCUUGCAUGUGGCACAGUACGAUCUAAUCGCGCGAAUCUCCCCAAAAGUGAUAAGUCUGAUAAAAAAAUGGUUAUUGGAGAGUACGAAUACAAGACCUCGACAUCAGGACUCACAUGGAUAAAGUGGAUGGAUAAAAAACCAGUAUACUUUUUAUCCAAUUUUCACGACCCUACCGAAGUAACUGUUAUGAAUCGGAGGCAAAAAGAUGGUACUCUAACUCCUGUCAACAGUCCUGUCUUGUGUUCAGACUAUAACACACACAUGGGAUAUGUCGACUAUGCGGAUCGUGCAAUAUCUACUUACCAGAUUGAUCGUAAGUCCAAAAAAUGGUGGUUUAGAAUUUUUUGGCACUUCAUCGAUCUCUGCAUAUGUAACGGAUUCAUUUUGUACAAGGAAAAAAAAAUCAAACCACUUUUGUCAUUGAAAAAAUUCCGAAUGAGAUUGGUAGAACAAUUGGUGGUACAUAAGAUCCCAACUCCAAAAGGUAGGAAAAGAACGGCACCAAAUACUCCAAGCCAUGCAAAAAUCAAAGUACCUGAUGAAAAGAGACUUUCUAAUGCUGCUCACAUGCCACAAGUCUCAGAUACAUAA